AUGACAAUUACAUUUUUUAAUCAUACUAUUGAUGAUUUAAAUAAUGAAUUUGUAUCAUUUAAAAAAGAAGAUGUAAUCCAAACUGGGUAUUACAAGUAUAGAAAUAGAAAAGAAUUUUCAAAGAAAGCCAAAACUGAUGAAAUCAUUUUAAAAAAGAAUAAAGAUAAAAUCCAGAGGAAUGUACCACCAUCAUACAGAGACAAAUGCUUACCGGAACAAGAUGAGCUUAUAGAAUCGGUCCUUAGAAAUUUCGAUCAUGCCUUAAUGAUAGCAAACACAUCCGAUAUCAAGAAAUCCAUUGGAACAAUCAAGAAUGGUAUAGCUGCUUUUAAUUUCCCAUUAUUAAAAAAACACUAUCACUAUUUAAUUUCAAGAUUAUUCCCAUUAUUACUAAAAUUCAAAUCAACUGAUGUUUUGCUAGAAGUUGUGACGUUCAUAUCACUAUUAUUACUUAAAGGUAAAAGAGUAAUUGAACUUCAAAUCAAAUGGGAGCCAUUGUUUAAGAUUUUUAAAGACAAUUGUUAUAUUGAUUCAUCAGUAAUCUCAUUUGAUGAAAACUAUGAUCAAGAUAUAACAUGCACACCAUUUUUAAAAAACUUUAUUAUUUUAGUUUCAUAUGCAAGAGCAUUUUUUCUUGGUGAUUCAGUAAUCGAAGGGAUUCAUGAAGAAAUCAAAGGAUAUUUAAUCCCACAAUCAAAUUAUAUUUUCUUUGCACAAAAUUCAAUCUAUAUAUUUUUACCAACAUACCAUUUAGUAGAAAAGACUGAAAUGCCAAAGUGGGUCGAUACUUAUUUAAAUCUCUAUUGGAACUGGAUUGACGCUAACAAAGAUUGGGAUGAACGUUGGCUAUUUAUAUUGUCUAGAGUUGUCAAACACGGUCACAACAUUGAUUGGAGCCCAUCAAUACCAAGUUUCUUUACAAGAUUCGUUAAGGUUAUUGAUUUAAGUUCGCCAUCACUCAAUAGAAUCAAACCAUGUACCAGCAAAAUUCCACAAUUUUAUAGAUUUGACCACGACGGAACUGAUCAAUUUUUUUCAAUGGGUAAAUUAAUUGCCGCUUUUAUCAACAAACCAACUGAAAAAGUAGCAAUGAUUGCUUUUAAAAAUCUUUUUAGUCAAAUUAGUCUUUAUUUCCAUCCAUCAAACCAAGGUGAGUGGUCAAGUAAUUUAGGUGAAUUAGCAAGCUCUGUUUCAAAAGCAUUUUUAAAAAGAAAUAUUUAUAAUACUCUCUUUCCUUUAUUAAUUAGUACUCUUUAUUCAAAGAGAAAAGAUAGUAUUUUAUACGUUUGUAAAGUUAUUAAAGAAUUUUCAUAUGUUGCACCAAAUUAUGUAUUACCAAAAGUUUUAGAUAAAUUUUUCAAUUCUAUGGAUAAAGAGGAAAUUAAUAGAGUUAUAAGUGGUAUUGAAGUAAUUUCAACAUGUAUUCAUCCAAUUAUAACUUUAUUACCAGAGGGCAAAUCGUUAAUUUUUAGCUUUAUGGAAAUUUUAAUUAAAAACUUAGAUCCAAUCUAUUUAAAUAAAGCAUCUGGUUCAUUCAAAUUCUUUAAUAAAUUAUUUUCAUGUAUUUUAAUAGCCGAUGAAACACCCUACAUUAUGGAAUGUGAAAACCAACUUGAUGAAACCACAACUCUAACAACCGCUUCAUUUUCAGAAUGGUCCGUUUCAUUUGUUGAUGCUGUAAUAAGUUUUAUGUUAAAAUGUUCAAAUAAAAGCUCAACCAAAAGAGAAGCUCCACCAUCAAUGUUUAUUGGUGAUACUUUAGAACUAUUCUUUAGCGCAUUAUCAGAUGAUAUUUACAAAGCCGUAUUAAAACGUUUAGUCGAAUUUUUUACUAAAUCCUUUGAACCAGAAUACUAUAAAUUAUUUUCAGACUUUAUAAAAUACUCAACCUUAAGAGACCCAGUUCAAUCAAUCAGUUCAUUUUUACCAGUAUUUAUUAAUAAGUUAUUUGUUAAACAUAAGCAUUCAAAUAGCAACUCACCAAUUUUAACCUCAUCACCACCACCAGCUGCUAUUCCAUCAACAUUUACUUCAAACUACUCAUUAAAAGAGUUAUCAGAUCAAGAAUAUAAAUUAUAUAUUGGUUAUAUUGGUUAUAUGGUCUAUAGAGGUGGAGAUGGCUUAGUCAAAUUCCAAGAUCAAUUAAUUGACAUAUUAAAUUGUCUAAUGUCCUCAGAUAACAAAUUUGUAUUAAAAUUCGCCUCUAAAGUAGUUCGUAAAAUUAUCUUUUCGUUAACCAGAAUCUAUCCAUCAAACUAUACCUUUGCUUCAAAAGAAAUUGUAAAUUCAAAAGAAAACCAUAUUAAAUAUUGGGGAACAAGCGAUAAAUCAAAAUUCUAUCCACUUGAUUGGUUUGAACCUAAUGAAAAAACUAUAGAAUUUGCAAAAACUUUGAUCGAAAAAUUUUUAAAGAAUACAAAUACUAGACUAAAUAAAACUGUUGAAGGAAUAAAGAAUAAAUCAAUUCAAUACAACAGAACAGAUUUAUUAAGAUUAUUAAAACCAAUUCAAAGUAUCAUGAGAAGCACAUCAUAUUUAUUAAAAGAUGAUUCCCCAAUUAUUCCACCCAAAAAUGCAAAGUUUAGAAUACAAUACAAACAGUUAACUUUUGAACACGGCCUAGUCAUUUUAGAAGAGUUUUCAACAUUAAAAAGAGAAAUUUUUGAAAAUUUAAAAGAUCUAAUUGGUUAUAUACAAGCCGAGAAGAAUGAAGAAGUUCAGGUAUUAAGAUUAAUUGCAAAAACUUUUUUUGUUUUAUUUUUUAUAAAAAAUGAUGUCUCAUAUUUUGGUUCAGAUUCAUUAUUUGAAAAAUGGAGAAAUCAUAAAAAGUGUGCCAGUAGAAAUUAUUAUAUAUUUAGAGCUUAUCGUAUGCACUUAUCCAGACAAAAGAAUCACUUUGAUCUCAGUAACCUUACAGAAAUGGUAUUACAGUGUUGCAAAGAGCUUUUAAAUCUAUCAACACAUCGUUACAGAAAGAUUAGGGAUGUUAGUCAAAAAUCCGCCGUUAAUAUUAUGAUUCAUUACAAAGAUGCCCACUACCACAUUCUUCCAAUUGCUCUUGAAAGAAUAUCAAUGUUAAGAUCAGAUGAAGAAGUUAAAGGUCUUUGCUAUAUUUUAACAACCAAAACCAUUAUGAAAAAAAUAAAAUCAAACAGUUUUUAUUUUAUAAAGGUGAUUGGUGUCAUUAUUGCAACAUCCAAUGAAGAAUUUAAACCAGCAACACAAAACAGCCUUAGCGAUUUAAAAAAAGACCUAUUAUCUGUCAAUGCCAAGCCAAUUAACACAAUUCACUAUUCAGACGAAUUAAACUCAAUUGAAAAUGGAACCUAUGACUGUGAGUGGUUACCAAAAGAAUACAUUUUAGAAUCAAAAGAAUACAAUCAAAAGAUUCUUGCUCAAAAUCGUGAAAAUCUACUUAAACUUUUACAGACCAUCUUAAGUGCCCUAAAACAACAUAAAAAGAAAUCAUCUCAAACAUGGAAGAGCCAUCUAUUCCUAUUGUCAAAUCUUUCUUAUUUGUUUACAAUCCUCUUCUACUCGACAUCAGAAUUUGAAAACUUCAAUAUGGAUUUUAUUGAUGAAAACAGAGAGUUAAUUAGAGAAAUCUUUGUUAUGUUCUCAAAGGAAACUCUAGGUGACUAUCCAUUCAGUAGAAUUUACAGUAUUUUCUGCAUAUCGUUAAUAUUAAAUCGUCAAGGUUCAAAGAAUGUUCAAUUUACUUAUGAUGGCUACUUUAGAUUAAAACAGUUCAAUGGUAUUGACGAAAAUGAAAUUAAAAAACCAGUAGAUUUAACUGCAAUGGAUAGAAAUUUAGAUUUUGUAAAAACCAUUUAUUCAAUUGUUAAAGAUGAUAUUAAUCAACAAUUUGAUAAUCAAACCUUUAUAGACAAUGUAAUUAAAAAAAUUAUUUCAGAUCACGACGGUGAAGGUUUAUCAGUUAAAUUUGCAAUUUCAUUGUCAUCAAAGAAACUUUCAACCCUUUGGCCAAAUACGAGACUAAGCAGUUUCAGUCUAAGUAACUUCAGAGCAUUCAAUGCAGAUCUUAUUUACGGUUUAUUUUCAACCAUUGGUGUUAAAUUCUUUGAUCUCCUCAAACCAUCAAUUGAAGACCUAAGAACCAAAACUCACAAGGAUGAACUUGGAUCAUUAGCAGAAAUAAUGGCAGGUCUUUGUAGAUAUAUUAGUGUCAACAGUGAACUUUUAGAUGGAAGAUUUAAAGAAAUUCAAGAAUAUUCUGAAAAGGUACUUUUGAACGGAUUUACCAAUAGCUCAAAUGAAGCAUCUGAUGUGUGGGAAAUGGCUGUACGUUAUAUUACCAACAAUAUUAUCUAUGAAAAGAUCUCUUGGAUUGGUGAAAUCUUAUUUAAAAACUAUAAAGUACCAACUGCAAAUAUUUUAGGUAAAACCAAAGCCGUUAGACUCUUAAAGUAUUUUUUAUUCGAAGUACCAUGGAAGUGUCCAGAAUUUACUAAGCGUGUUGCAGAUUUAGCUUCUGAUGAAUUCUCAAAUAGCUAUAAACAAAUUAGAGUUGAUUCACUAAAACUAUUCUCUCAAAUAUUAGUUUAUCAAACAGAUUUUACAGUUUAUCCACCAAUUGUACCUGAAGAAUUACUAAAGAAAAUCACCUCAAUGGCCGAGUAUAUUGAAAAAUCUUCACCACCAUCAUCAACUCCACCAAACAUCAACUCACCACCCUACAUUAAUUCACCACCAUUUACUGGCUCACCACCAACCCAAUUAAAUAACAAUAAUGGUAACCCAAGUAUUUUAACAAGUAUUGCAAGUCCACCAAAUGAAAGUAUUCUUUUAAAUUAUAAUCCAACAUCAACUGAAAAAGAAAAGAAAACAUGUUUAAAAGAAAGCUUAACCACAUUUGUAUAUUAUAUGUUUUCAAAAUCAAAUUUAUUAAUUCGUUCAACUCCCUCACUCCUUAAGGUUAUCAUGGAAUUACAUGCAGAUUCAAAUAUUGAAAUAUCUAAAGAUUGUACUAUUAUCAUUUACAGAAUAUCCCAAGAAUUUUAUUGUAAUACUAAAAUUAUUGAUGAAAUUAUUGCAACAAUCAACCAAACACUCUUAAGCCCCUCUUGGAAAAUUAGAUCAAGUAUUUUACCUUUCAUUCAGAUAUUCUUUUUCAAUCAUUGUUUCUACUUUACUCCAAAUCAAGUCGAAUCAAUUAUUAAUAUUGUUUUAACAUUAACAAGAGAUCAACAUAUUGAAAUUAGAGAAUCUUCAAAAACAACUUUAGCUUCAAUUUUAAUAUCUUCAAAAUCAAAUAUUAAUAGAGUUAAAGACUUAAUUAAAAAAUCCAUCGCUAAAUUAAAAACUCCGGGUAUUAGUACAAUUGAAAAGCAUUCAUCAAUUCUUGUUUUAUGUGCAAUUGUUUUAGCAAAUCCAUAUGAAUUCCCAACCUAUUUACCAGAGGUAUUAGAACAAUUAUCUCGUUUCGCUUAUAAUAGUAAUUUUAAAGGUGCCUCAACUGUAUUAUCAGAUUUUUGGAGAACUCAUAGCAGUACUUGGGAAGAAGAUAAACUUCAAUUCACCGAGAGUCAAAUUGAAGAUAUUCAAUCCACCAAAGUUGCUCCAUCUUAUUUUGCUUAA